AUGGCCGAACGUCCGUUAGUUUCGCAAGUUAAAAUAGGCCAGUAUGUUCUCAAAGAGACUCUGGGCUGUGGAACUUUUGGAAAAGUUAAAGUGGGUGUCCACCAAUUGACUGGCCACAAAGUAGCCAUAAAAGUGAUAAAUAGGGAUAAAAUUAGGAACAUGAAUGUCGUGGGAAAAAUCAGACGAGAAAUUCAGAAUUUGAAACUCUUUCGACAUCCUCACAUCAUUAAAUUGUACCAAGUCAUUAGUACCCCGACUGAUAUAUUCAUGAUCAUGGAGUACGUUCAAGGUGGAGAACUCUUUGGCUACAUUGUUAAAAACAAAAGGCUACAAGAAGCAGAGGCGAGAAAGUUUUUUCAGCAAUGUAGCAUAGAUUACUGCCAUAGGCACAUGGUAGUACACCGAGACUUGAAGCCUGAAAAUAUACUGCUGGAUAAGUAUAAAAAUGUCAAGAUAUGCGAUUUCGGACUCUCUAACAUGAUGAUGGAUGGAGAAUUCCUGAGGACAAGCUGUGGUUCGCCUAAUUAUGCUGCUCCAGAAGUCAUUGCUGGCAGGAUGUAUGCAGGGCCUGAGGUGGAUGUAUGGAGUUGUGGAGUUGUCCUUUACACCCUUCUCUGUGGAAUGCUGCCAUUCGACGAUGCUGAUGUCAACUCCCUGUUCAGAAAGAUCAAAACUGGCAUCUUCCUGGUUCCCGAUUAUGUUGCGCCCACACCGGCUAAUCUUAUCAAGAAAAUGCUUCAGUUGGAUCCCAUAAAAAGAGCUACUAUCAAAGACAUUAAAGAACAUGAUUGGUUCAAAGUGGACCUGCCCGAGUAUUUGUUUCCGUCAGCAAGUGAUGUUGAUGCUUCCGUUGUUGACACUGAUGCUAUCAGAGAAGUUUGUCAGAAGUGUCAGGUUCUAGAGCAAGAUGUCCACCAUGCUCUGCUAAGUGGAGACCCUCAGGAUCAGCUGGUCAUUGCCUACAACCUCAUUGUCGACAACAAAAGAAUCUCAGACGAAUCUGAUCCAAAGAUCAGAAUUAAGGAUUUCUACUUUGCCGGAGACGUUAUGAAGUCAAGCGAGCAGUCGAAACCGCAUCCGGAGAGAAUGCCAGACAACACACAAAAAAAUCCACCCCUCAAGAAAGCAAAAUGGCAUCUAGGCAUAAGAUCUCAAAGCAAGCCUCAUGACAUUAUGCAAGAGGUAUAUAGGGCAUUGAAAUCGUUGAACUAUGAGUGGAAAAUAGUGAAUAAUUUCUCACUGAGAGUAAGAAGACCAGGCUCUACCCCUGGAGAUUUCAUCAAAAUAGGCCUGCAGCUGUACCAGGUAGAUGGCAAAAAUUUCCUUCUCGACUUCAAGAACCUGAACACGACCGACCAUCCUGAUGCCGCCAAAGUCAAAAGGAUGACUGCCCAGAAGCAAACCGAGGAUUCUUAUGGGGCUUCUGUGCAUCGUCCCUACCGAAUUUUGGAAUUCUUCGAGACCUGCUGCAGUAUCAUUUCAGUGCUGGCUCAGUGA